UGAAGUCAAGGGUAUUUUACCUUAUCUUGCCCCGGAAGUUUUGCGAGAAAAGCAAUUUUCACGGGCAUCUGACAUUUACGCUUUAGGAGUAAUCAUGACAGAAAUAGCUAACGGGAAAAGAAGUAAAUGUAAACCUGAAUUCGAUUUUGUAAUUCCAGAUUGUUAUGUUAAGUUGGCUGAACGAUGUAUAGAUUCUGAUUUGAAAAAACGACCUACUGUUAAAGAAAUUUGGAAGAAGGUAGAUGAAUGGAACGAACUCAUGAAAAGUUCAGAUGAUGAGAAUGAAGUCAAAAAACAAUUCUUAGAAGCGGAUAAAAUCAUUAAAACAUUACCGAUAAGUGUACAAGACCAUGAUAACGAUCCAUAUACAAGUAAGAUUAUAAGUGAUGAGGAAUGUAAAACUCAACUCCAAAGUUUGGAACUUUCUUAA